UUCUUCAUCCCUUAAUUUCAAACUAAGCUUUAAACAAACAAAAAAAAUGGGUUCUAAGGCAUUUCUGUUUCUUGGUCUUUGUUUGGCUAUUUUUUUCCUGAUAAGCUCUGAGGUUGUAGCUGCUGAGUUGGCUGAGACUUCCAAGUCAAUGAAAUUGGAUAACGAGAAUGGAGUAUCUAUUGACGGACGUAGUGGAUAUUAUGGUGGUGGUUAUAAACGUAGAGGAUGCCGCUAUGGUUGCUGCAGGAAAGGUUACAAGGGAUGCAAAAGGUGUUGUUCCUACGCAGGUGAGGCCAUGGAUAAAGUCACUGAAGCUCAGCCUCACAACUGAUCAUUAUGUGUAAUAUAUAAAGAGUGUAAGUUAUAUAUGCCGUUAGCGUAUAUAACUUAUACAUUGUGCUACUUUAGACCUUGCUUGUAACAAGUAUGAAUAAAGCCAUUCGGUUCUUAGGGAUGGUUGGUCAUGUAAUGUUUUGUUGUACAAUAUAUUGUGAUAAUAUGUUUCCAUAUUGUUUAUUUU